AUGGGAGAUUUGGAGACUAGCUUAAUCCAUGCACGAAAAACAUGUAGAAUAGAGCAAAUGGUAGCAAAAUGGCUUCAUCGCUCUCGGGACAGCCUGCCCAGGGGCAGCGUGGCAGCAAUGGACAGCGCUGGGGACAGCGCAGGGCAGCCCCCCAGCCGGGCCAAGGUGACGGUGACCGUGUACAAGGACCUGGUGCUGCAGCACUACGGCUUCGAAAUCUGCCCCGGGCUGCCGCUGACCAUCGCCUCGGUGACUGCAGGGAGCACGGCGGACGGCAAGCUGCAGCCCGGGGACCAGCUCAUCAUGAUCAACUCCAGCUCGGUGGAUGGGCUGUCGGUGGAGCGGGCCGCCAGCCUCAUCAGGGACGCCGGAGAUGAGCUGCUGCUGACCGUCCUGCGCUGCACGGCCGGCGGCCCCAAGUCGUCGUUCCUCACCGAGGAGAAGAGGGCGAGGCUGAAAACCAACCCGGUCAAAGUGCGGUUCGCGGAGGAGGUGCUGCUGAACGGACACUCGCAGGGCAGCUCCCUGCUCUUCAUGCCCAACGUGCUCAAGGUGUACCUGGAGAACGGGCAGACCAAGGCGUUCCGGUUUGAGAGGAGCACCACGGUGAAGGACAUCGUGCUGACCCUGCAGGAGAAGCUGUCCAUCCGCAGCAUCGCCCACUUCGCCCUGGUGCUGGAGGAGCAGUACAACCUGGCCAAGAUCCACCUGCUGCACGAGGAGGAGCUCAUUGCACAGGUGGUCCAGAAAAGAGACUCUCACGACUACCGCUGCCUCUUCAGGGUGUGCUUUGUCCCCAGGGACCCCUUGGACCUCCUGCAGGAAGAUCCAGUGGCCUUUGAGUAUCUGUACCUGCAGAGCUGCAGCGACGUGCUCCAGGAGAGGUUUGCAGUGGAGAUGAAGUGCAGCGUGGCCCUGCGCCUGGCUGCCCUGCACAUCCAGGAGAGGAUCUCUGCCUGUGCCCAGCCCCAGAAGGUGUCCCUGAAGUACAUAGAGAGGGACUGGGGAAUCGAGAACUUCAUCUCGCCCACCUUGCUGCGGAACAUGCGAGGCAAGGACAUCAAGAAAGCCAUCAGCUACCACCUGAAGAGGAACCAGGUGCUGCUGGACCCUCGGCAGAAGCACGCACUGAACGCAGUCCAGGUGCGCCUCAGCUACCUGCAGAUCCUGGGGGAGCUGAAGAUGUACAGCGGGAUGAUCUUCAAUGCCACCAUGAUGCUGCAGGACAGGGAGUCGUACGUGGCGCUGCUGGUGGGCGCCAGGCACGGCGUGAGCCAGAUCGUGAACAGCAAGCUGAACAUCGCCAGCAGCCUGGCCGAGUUCCCCAGCAUCAGCAGGGUGGAGCUCAGCGAGGACUCGGAGCGAGUCAGCACCGUCAAGAUCUACCUGCAGGACCUGAAGGUGCUUACUCUGCUGCUGGAGUCGAACAGUGCAAAGGACCUCGUCUGCCUCAUUGCUGGCUACUACAGGCUCCUUGUGGAUGCAAACGCCUCCAUAUUCACCUGGGGAGACAAAAACCAGCAGCUGCACCGCGUGUCAGCUGAGGAAGGCUAUGAAUCCCGAGCCUGCAGCGACUCCGAGGAUUCCUGUGAGCCGGACUCGUGCUCGGAGCGGCGCCCGGGGAGCCCCGCGGCGAGCGGCGGCGCGGGGGCCGGCGAGCCCCGCGGCCCCGGGGCGAGCGGCGACACGGGCACCGACAGCGCCUCCGAGGCCUCCGACUCGGCCAACACCGAGAGCCGCGGCUUCAGGACCAGCGGCUCCAGCGACUCCGUGGAUGCGCUGGAGGAGGAUGAGGCGGACGCGCGCUCUUCCUCCCGGCCGGGGCUGCUGCGGUUCUGCACGCCGACCGUGCGGGAGAUGAGCGGCUCCGGCAGCAGCUUCUCGCCGGUGACGGCCGCGGGCAGCCCCGCCGGCACCGGCAGCGACACCGGCACCGGCAGCGGGGACUAUUUGUGCUUGCUGCCGGUGCGGCCGGGGCAGGGCGAGGGUCCGGCCCGGCAGCCCGAGGGGAGCGCCGCGGGCGGCCGCGGCCGGCCAGCGGGACACGGCGAGCCCGUCCUGCGGCCGCCGCCGGGAUUCGCCGACUCCAGCUCCGAGGAGGAGUUCUACGAUGCUGCGGACCGGCUCAGCCCUCCGGCAGGCUAUGAUACAGCAUCCUGGGAGGGCACGGAGAGAUCCUCCUGCAUCCCAAAGAGGCUGAGGUGGUACAGCUUGGGGGAGAACCCCUCGGCGAGGCAGAAACACGGCCAGGAGAGGGAGCUGACCUGCAGCAAGAGCCUGAGGAAGAGAAGAUCCUUCCUGAAAACUGAUUACACCUCACAAGUCAGCUUCCCUGCAGCUGUCCCAGGCUCCCCACAGCGCUGCUGCUCCUGGCCACCCGCUCAGCCCUCGGCAGAGGACACGGGGAAGGGCGUGGGGAGGGGGAUUCCUGCAGCCCCCCGGGCCCAGAGGGACACUGCUGGCACAGAGCCCUGCUCUGCUCCGAGGGACACGCAGCCUGACACCACGGGGACAAAGUCGGUGAUGGAAUGGCUGGUUUCCUCCCUUCUGGACGCUCAGCCUGCUGGUGGCCAGGGUGGGGAGGAGGACAGCAGCCUGCAGCCACAACACGCCCCUUUGCCAUCCCUGGAGCCCCCUCCCAGCUGUCCCAGUGGAGCUGCCCAGGAGCGCUGCCCAGGGGAGGCAGAUCCCGGGUGUGUGAGCGAGGAGAGCCCUGUGCCCAGCGCGGGCUGGCAGGGCCCGGGGCUGCGGGAGGAGCGGGGUGAGGUGGUGCCUGCCCAGCACAGGGCCAGCGCUGUGCCCUCUGCUGCUCUGUGCCGCUCCGACAAGCUCGUGCCUCUGCCACCGGCUCCUGUGCCUAGCACUGCCCCUCCCCAGGAGCUGGCCCAGGGGCAGGGGCUGCUCCCGGCCAGGGUGGAGCCUCCCCUGGCUCCCUGUCGGGAGAGCAAAGCUGAUGGCCAGAGCUCUGUCACUGGCAAGGGCGGUGCUGAUGGCAAGGGCUGUGCCCACGGUCAGGGCUGUGCUGAUGGUCAGCUCCAUGCUGACAGCCAGAGCCGUGGUGAUGGUCAGUGCCAUGGUGAGGGUCAGCUCCAUGCUGACAGCCAGGGCCGUGCCGAUGGUCAAUGCCAUGCCAAUGGUCAGGGCAGUGCCAGUGGUCAGUGCCAUGCCCCUGGUCAGUGCCAUGGUGGCAGCCAGGGCAGUGCCAGCAGCAGCUGUGAGGGGGCCGUGUCCCGGGCCAGGGGCUGGCAGGGGGUGAGCGGGCAGACCCUGCUGAGGGUGCACGGGGGGCACACAGAGUUCCCAGACACAGCCCAGCUCCUGGCAGGCUGCAGCAGUGCCCCGGGGGCCCUCACCCACCUCUCCUGGCUGGCACUGGGGGUGAGGACAGCCCCCGUGCCACACAGCCCCGGGGCACACAGCCUGCAGGACAGGGCCAAUGCCCCCCUUGAGCCCCCGGGCUGUGUGAUGCCCAGCGGGUGCAGGGGGGCCGGUGCAGGUAGCAGGAAGGUGCCCGCGUCCCCUGCAGCAGGAGCAGGCUGUGCCGGGGCGCUGGUGGGCAGCUCGGGGCCGGGCGCAGGGCAGCCGGGAGGCGCAGGGAUUGGGGCUCAGCAGCAGCCACAGCCUGCUCAGGCUCCCCUUCCCCGGGGGCAGGCGGCAGGGCUGGGCCGGGGCUCCUGCCUGCCUCCACCUGCAGGGCUCUCCGUCUCCUCGGUCCCCGCUCCCCCGGGGAAAGGAGCAGGAGACCACGGGGCUGUAAAACACCCGUUCCCCUGUUUUAACCCCGAGCAGGGUGAGCAGAGCCCUCUGCCCCCCAUCCCUGCCCAGCCCUCCCCAGCAUCACGGGGACUGGAGGGCUGCGGCUGCCACCUGCCCUACAUCAGCUGCUUCCCGCAGCCCCACAACCAGGGGGAGGGUGAAAAGCCCCCCCAGCUGCCAGAGCCCCUCACCUGCCCCCCCUCCGGCAGCUACAGCCUUGCCGGGACCGCCGGCAGUGGUUUGUGCGUUGCUGGGGUCAGGGCAGGGCCGGACCCGCACCUCCGAGCGCUCGGGCAGCUGAAGGAGCAGGCGUGGGCGAGCCCUGCGGAUCUCUCGCGCUUCCUGGCCUACACCGUGGAGCUGCAGGAGGUCGUGGGGAAGCUCUGUGGGAACCAGGACACCCACCUGCACCACCAGUGUGCGGAGCAGGGGGCGGAGAGCAAGGGGGCCCUGGGCUGUGCUUCCCAGGACCUGCUGUCCAGCUGCCAGGCGCUGCUGAGCACGGAGCAGCCUCUCCCCGAGGUGCAGUGUGCCCUGAGAGCCACCUUCGACCGCCUGGUGCAGCUGGCAGUGACCUGCUUCCAGGUGACACACUGCCGGCGGUGCGGGCAGCGCCAGCAGGAGCUGGGAGCUGCGCUGGGGGCUGUGGUGGGCACCUACCAGCAGCUGGUGCAGGCCCUGCAGCAGCAGCUGCACGGGCAGGUGUGCCCCGAGCUGGGCACCAAGCUGCUGGCCCGCCAGCACACGGCCCUGGCCGCUGCCAUCCUCUGCCUCCUGCAGCAGUUCAGGGCGUCCCCGAGGCUGUGACGGGCACACGGGGGCACUGGGGGGGACAGGGCCAGGUGUGUGCCCUCUGCCCACCUCAGGCUGUGCCCCAGGCGUUGUUUAGCCCAGGAUGGCCGUGCCCACAC